AUGGAUCCCGUAUCAUUAGCAGGGCUCGCCAUUGGCGUGGCUUCUAUUGGCCUCCAGGUCUACAGCGGAUGUAUUCAGGGGAUCCAACUGGUCAUAACCGCCUUGAACUUCCCGGACGAUGCUAGGUAUCUCAAUCUGAGGCUUCGCAUGGAACAGCAACGUCUAUUUGCCUGGAGUGAAGCAUCUGGCUUGCUCGACCUGGACGCCAAACGAAGGGAUAAAGUCCUCGAGUCCAACACCUUCGUUCUGCAUCGCCAGACAGUGCUUGACUUGCUGGUCCAAGUCGAGUGUUUGUUCAAAGAGUUCAAAGAACACCAAGAGAAACGAAAAUGUCUGAGGGCUGUUCCUGACCAAGAUCAGGUCCUCGAGAACCCUGAAAAAGAUGCGGCCGAGGCCAACUUUCCACUGCCCAAGAGACGGCGGGACUUCAUCAAGAAAGCCAUGCGAAGUCUGAAGGAAUCGUCACAUGAAGCUUCCCAGAGGUUGCAAUGGGUUGCCUUUGACAAGGCCGCUUUUGAGCUUCUCCUCUCCAGGUUCUCAACAUUGAAUGAUAACAUGACUGGAAUCCUCGACCAACGCAUGCAGGUCGAGAUUCACCAUACAGUACAAGACACCAACCGUGGUGUCCUGCAGCUGCACCACAAGAUUAGUGAUUUGUCUCGGCUUGUCAUGGCCCUCAACAUCAGGCUUGAAGCCAGCUCAGCUCUCCCUACAGCACAGCUCACCGUGGCGAAGAAACAAGCAAACGCCGACGGGCUCGAACUAAUAUCGCAGCUUGCCAAGUUCAAAGCCUUUAACGAGUCGAUCGAGUCUGCCCACAAAAGGCCAUUGGACGAGGCAACGGCCAACCAACUAGAGCUCGGAAAACCGGGCGAGAAACGCCUCCUUCUCGAUCGUUCCAUGAUCGAGCUUGACCCAGCAGCCGAUGAGUCUGAUCAGCCGAGAUGUGAGGCUGUCCUUGUCAAAGACGGUGUCAAGAAAAAGGUCUGGGUUGAAUGGAAAGAAUAUGACCCGCAAAGACCGGGGGAUUCAUCACCCCCGAAAGCCGUGAUUGUCGAAAGAGUAGCCAAGCUAGCGGCCCUGCUGAACCAUACACCAAAGCCAGAGGACUUUAGAACACCUCAUUGCCUCGGUUAUUUUGACAGAGGAAGCUCGAACGGGCAAGAGGACGAAGAUGAGGACAUCUUGAAUAUGCGCCUGGGGUUGGUCUUUGAAAGACCAGUAGACAGUGGCCUUGACCAAUCUUCACCUCCGGUGUCGCUCCAUGAGCUCCUCGAGACAACACGAAAGCCACCUGUCACAAAGCGGGUCAAGCUGGCUCAUGCCAUCAGUAAAUGCCUGCUUUAUCUCCAUGCUGUCAACUGGCUGCACAAGGGGCUUCGAAGCCACAAUAUCAUUUUCUUCAAAACCACCAGCGGAGACGUCGACUUUGGCAAACCUUACCUGUCAGGAUUCGAUUUCUCCAGGCCAGCCCGGGCGGACGAAAUGACAGAUAUUCCCGGGCCAGGUGACGACAUUGAGUACAACCUCUACAGGCACCCCAACGCACAAUCAACAAACCCAGACGAACGUGAGCGUUUCAAAAAGAGUUUUGAUAUCUACAGUCUCGGCGUCCUCUUGGUUGAGAUUGCCCACUGGGCAACCGUCGACAAAGUCCUCGGCAUCAACCUCAACGUCGCCCGCGGCAGGCCAUCAUUUGCCCUCAAGGUCCGCGAUAGCCUGCUCGCCACCGACCAAAUCGCGGAGUUGGGCGCUUGCAUGGGGGAGCUUUACGAAGGAGCUACCCAGAAAUGUAUCGCCGGGGGUGAACAACUCGGUCUAUCAGAAAAGGACGACGAAACAAACGACGCAGUGGCGGCUCGCCUGUCAAUGGUCCUCCACGAAAAGGUAGUCAAGAAGCUAGGUGAGAUCCAGGUCUAG